AUGUCUUCCCACCCGACUGCCCUCCUGGGCCUAGUGCUCUGCCUGGGCUGCGCGAUCCACACACAGGAGGGGACCCUGCCCACACCCUCCAUCUCGGCUGAGCCAGACUCUGUGAUUCCCCCGGGACAGGCCGUGACCGUGGUGUGCCGAGGCCCUGCUGGGGCUGAGAUGUUCCGCCUGGAGAGCGAGAAUAAAACCCCUAAAUUCGAGGAUGUUAAUAUUGUGUCUCAACCUGGUGCAUCUGAGACAGAGGCCAGAUUCCACAUUGAGGCAUUUAGCGAAGUCACUGCUGGGCGACAUCGCUGCAUCUAUCGUAAGGGGCCCGACAGCUGGUCUAAACGGAGUGAAUGGCUGGAGCUGGUGGUGACAUGUGAGAAUGUCACCAGCCCCUGCCCCAGUCUCAGCUCUGCCCUCAGGAGAAACCCAUUUCCGUCUUCCCUAGACACACCUGCUCUUGGAGGGCUGAGGACAGAGCAGCUUUAUGUCCUCAUUGGGGUCUCUGCAGUCUUCCUCCUUUGUCUCCUCCUCCUGGUCCUCUUCCUCCAUCGCCAGCGUCAGAGGAAACAGGGGUCCCCCAGCAGCAAGGACGAGGAGCAGAGGCCACAGCAGAGGCUCAGCCAGGCUGUUGAUGUCCUGGAGAGGAAAGCAGAUGUGGCCACUGUUGAGGGACUUCCUGAGAAGGGGAGAGAGAUGGGCACCCCAGCCCCUUCUGCAGGGGACCCCGAGGAGGUGACGUAUGCUCAGCUGGACCACCGGGCCCUCACACGGAGGACAGCCCACGCCGCGUCCCCACAGUUCACAGAGCCUGUGGCUGAGUCCGGCGUGUAUGUAGCUAUCAUCAGAAACUAA